AUGUCUACAACAACAAUCAAAUCGAAUAUCAUGCCCUUGAGAUCGCAGACUGUAUCAUCUGACGUCCGCCAAUUAACUUAUGAUGAUGUUCCCAAGGCUGCAUCGGCCUUAUUAGACGCGUUUAAAGAGGACCCAUUAUCGAAUUACUUGGUCUAUCACGUCAAAGAUGCGGCAAAACGCAGGCAAUGCGAAUUGGCUUUAUUCGAGGCGUAUUUACGACAACACAUGACAAAAGGACUAGUAUUUGGUCAAGGAGAAACGGCACUGCUGUUUGAAACAGUUAGUAUUUGGUCAACCCCAACUAGUGCUGAGCAAGGUUUGGAGUCUUUCAGCCAUUUAAUGGAAUCAGGAUAUGAUAAAGUAUGGGAUUUAUUUGGUGUUGAUGGAAGAGAUAAAAUAUUUCAAGGGUUGAUGCCACUUUUGCAUGAUAGUUUUGAUAGAAUUACAGGAACCGAUAAACGAUUUAGAGGUAAAGAUGUAUACACGUUAGUGUACGUUGGUUCAACUGCUGCUGCUCGCGGUAAAGGUAAUUUACGAAAAUUAUUUGAUUACAUGUUUAGCAACUACAUUGAUUGUGACGGUGGCGCCUUGACUUAUUUGGAGAGUUCAUCACCUGUCAAUAUUCCCAUAUAUGAACGAUUUGGAUUUCAUUUGGUUGAGCAAAUAGUAUUGGGUAAUAAAUCAGGAGUCGAAGGAAAGGACUGUGCAGUAAUGCAUGUAAUGAUCAGAGGCAUGAAGGGAAAUGAUUGGACAAAGGAUAAUUGUAGGUUAUAA